AAUUUACUCUGCGAAACAUGGAUUGUGGCGACAUGAGUUUAUUUAGCGCUUUUCCCCCUGUGUCUAAUGAUUAUUUGUGUUUGUGAGCACGAUGUGCUUCAGUAAUCGCGCUGCUAUGGUCGCUGUGUUAUCAGUUAUACUGACGGCUGAUCUCGGGCGGUGUGCGGCAGCAGAUGAUCAGACACACAGUAAAAACGAUGCAGAAUCUGACAGUAAUAGAGCUGUCAGUGAUUUACAUGAUCAGAGUACUGCUGAUGGGCACGGAGAGCAGCUGAUCAGGUUAAAUGGCACGGAAAGCUCCAGCAAUGGCACUGUUCAGUCCACCACACCUGUGCCCAAGCCCUCGACCCCCGAGCCUCCUAAAAAUGAGCCCAUCCUGCCAGUGCAGACGGGCGUCAAGGCUCAGGAGGAGGAGCAGUCCAGCGGGAUGAGCAUUUUCUUCAGCCUGCUGGUCAUUGGUAUUUGUAUUAUAUUGGUGCACCUGCUGAUCAAAUUCAAGCUUCACUUUUUGCCUGAGAGUGUGGCUGUGGUUUCGCUGGGGAUUCUGAUGGGAGCGUUCAUCAAGAUCAUCGAGUCGCAGCAGUUGGCCAACUGGAAGGAAGAAGAAAUGUUUCGUCCCAAUAUGUUUUUCCUAUUACUUCUACCGCCAAUCAUUUUUGAGUCUGGAUACUCAUUACAUAAGGGUAAUUUCUUCCAAAACAUAGGCUCGAUCACAUUAUUUGCCGUUUUUGGAACAGCGAUCUCAGCCUUCAUCGUGGGAGGGGGAAUCUAUUUCCUGGGACAGGCUGAUGUCAUUUACAAGAUGACAAUGACUGACAGUUUUGCCUUUGGGUCUCUGAUCUCUGCCGUGGAUCCAGUCGCCACUAUCGCCAUAUUUAACGCUCUGAAUGUGGAUCCUGUGCUCAAUAUGCUUGUGUUUGGAGAGAGCAUCCUAAAUGACGCAGUGUCCAUCGUAUUAACAAAUACAGCGGAGGGCUUUGCUGGCUCAGAUGUCUCUACAGGCUGGGAAACCUUCAUGCAGGCACUUGGCUACUUCCUGAAGAUGUUCUUUGGGUCGGCGGCUUUGGGCACACUCACUGGUCUCAUCUCUGCUAUUGUAUCCUAA